AUGGUUGCAGGAAGGAAUGAUGAUGCGAUUGCCGAGGAGUUGACGAUGUUGGGUGGUGCUAUUGGGCCGGCUCCGAAUGUGAAUGUUGGUAAUAUAGAGGAGGAUGAGUUUCGUGCUUUGGGGAAUUUAUGGAGGAAUAAUCCACCUAUCUUGGAGGGAGAGCAUGAACCUGACAAAGCACAAAAAGUACAAUUUGAUAUUUGUAUGCUUGAGAAGGAAGCUGAGGAUUGGUGGGAAGAUGUGCAUGGAAAGAAAGAGGUUAAGUUUCUUGAGCUGAAGCAGGGUAAUGGAACUAUAGCGGAGUAUGCUGUAAGAUUUCAAGAGUUGAUUAAGUAUUGUCCUUAUUACAACACUGCUAAUGUUGAGAGGUCUAAGUGUCUUAAGUUUGUGAAUUGUUUGAGACCUGAGAUCAAGAAGGCUAUUGUUUAUCAACAAAUUUCGUGUUUUGCUGAGUUGGUUAACAAGAGUAGGAUCUAUGAUGAGGAUUGUAGGGAGAGUGCUGCUCACUACAAGAAGUCGAGUGGGGGAGGAGCUCCUACUUCGAUUAGGUGCUACAUGUGUGGUGUUGAAGGUCAUCGUGUUUCUGAGUGCACAAGUGCUGAAGUGAAAUGCUUCAAGUGUGGCAAGCCAGGUCACAAAGCUAAUGAGUGUAGAGGAGGUGCAUGUGUGACUUGCUACAAUUGUGGUUUAGAGGAUGUUACACCCUUCAUUGACUCUUAUGAUACCCUUCACCAAGAGAAAUCUAAUUUCUCUUCAAAUCAAGAACAUACAUGA